AUGGCUCGCGGUACUUUAAGCGAAAAUGAACGCCAUUGCCUGGAUGCAGGAGCAAAAAGUCAACCGGAGCGCUUGCAAGAUGCGGAAAAAACAAUUAGCGAUUGUAAAUCUAGCGGUCUGAGAGUUCGCUUCUUGGACGAGGAGGGCAAAACGGAAAGGACGGUUAGCGCAGAUUCGGUCGACUGCGCCGUUUCUAGGGUGAAAAAAAUCCAUAUACUAAAAAACAGAAGUUCCAGCGAAACGAGCAUACUGCUUAGGAAUCCGUCUCUUAUCAAGAGGCGAGCCACCUCCGAGCGCCGGUACAGCGACGGUCAAACAGACACGUUAAAUAACAAUUCUCUGAGCGAGAAUCUUAACGGAAAAGGAAACACGGGGAGUUCCGAUACGAUUGACUACGGUUCGGACCAUACCAAAGAGAGCCAAAACUUUAAGAAGAACUGCAACGUGUACAGUGUUAAUCAGGCUAAAACUUUGACUCCUGAGCGCAAGAAAUCAAUUCCUCUGACGAUACCCAAGUUGAUUGCUCACAGAGAGAACGUGCAAGGGAGAUCGAUCCUGCCGAACGAGGUCUGUUUGGCUGAUGGAGCUUCUGGAAAGGAUUUUACGGCGAGAGCCAUAGGAAGAUUAUCUCGUGGCUUGGGCAGGCUGUUGCGUCGCACAAAUAGUGUGCGUAUCAGUGAACCGGACCCUGUCUACAAGGUGGCGUAUCUCGGAAACGUGCUCACCGGCUGGGCUAGAGGCGAGAGCUGUAUAGAGAAGCCGCUUGCUACAUUAUGGCGAAACUAUCAACAGUCGACGAAGCCCGAUGUGGUGAUGAAGCUGUCAGUCACCAACUCCGGCCUCAAGGGCUUCACCAAAGAACACGGGCUCACCGAGUACUGGUCCCACCGCAUCACCUACUGCGCCAGUCCACCUCACUACCCUAAACUGUUCUGCUGGGUGUAUCGUCACGAGGGUAAGAAGCUGAAGCAUGAACUGCGCUGUCACGCUGUUCUUUGCACCAAAGAAUCCGUAUCAAAGAAAAUUACUGAGGAGCUACAGAUUAAACUGAGGCAGGCUUUAGUCGAGUUCAAGAAGGACAGAAUCUCCAAACAGAACGCUAGGCUGAGUCUCGCUAACAGCGUUUACGAUAACCCCAGCAUGCCUCGCAGAAAGAUUUUGCUUAGUGUAGGGGCUAUGAACUACAGACCACCUCUAGAAAGGUCGAAGUCAGCUCCCAAACUCGGUGCCAUCGAAGAACUCUGUUCUGAGGAAGAUGAGGAAGAAGCGGAAAUGAACGCAAAGAAGGAAUGUCAAUUCAAAACGGGUCUCACAACGUCGCAGUCUUUGGACAGACGGCGACAGGAGGUAAAAUCUCCACGCAAGCUGUCGUGCCCUGAAGGCGUUAUGGACAGAAGCCGAUUAGACGCCGAUGAAGGUAAAGGACAAUCAACAAACGACCUAAUCGACUUGCUUGUCAAGGAAAGUAAAUUAAAAAAGGAGACGGAAUUUCAUAUUGAAACUAGUCAAAAUAGUGAGAAAGAGGAAUCGAGAUUAAUGACAUUACAGUCUAUCGAGGAGACAAUCGAAUUAAGCGACGCUGCGAUGUGUGAAGGAAGAAAGAAUUUAAUUUUAACUCAAAGUAACUACCUCGUCACUGAUAGCGACGAUGGUUCGGUUUCUUCAGGGUGCGAGACGGCGAGCACGGUCACGUCAUCCGACGCGGAGCCCUCAUCGCUCCCCUCACAUUAUCCGCAGGACGAGCACAAGGAAACAGAUAGUGACGAAGAGAGAAUGCCGGUGUUCGAGAGAAUGCGUAAUUUCGAAAGUGCGUCGAUGAGAAAUAGGGGCUACACGAACUCCACACAUGCUAUAAACAACACCAGUGAUGGAUCGAGCACGGUUACUUCAGACGAAGUAAUUCAGGUGCCGAUCGGUGAGAGGAACGCUUUUCGUCGACGAUCGACUUAUCCCCCUCUGAGGGCUGGCCCCGGUAUCCUGGAUAACUUCGAGGGCAAAUUCGACACACUAAUCGACAAUUUGACAGACGUUGACAGUUUGAAUUCGAGCAUGGAGACCGAGGUUUUUAAAAACACCGGCGACAACGACAGCGCUUGCAGCGAUGAAUCUGGUUAUUCCGAGCUCCUCGAUGGCAAGGAGAGCGUCAUAGGCAACACCAUCAUGGUCUAAUACGAUGAUAUGUUCAUAGGACACAACAAUGCACGGUUUUUCUAAUUUUAAAAGUUAGUCUACUUAUUAUAUAAUUGUAAAUAACAGGGUACCGUAUGUACUUUAUGAUUUAUAUUAGAUGAAUUUUAGAUUUUUGUAUAUAUUGUAAUAUAGGAUGGAAAAUAUUAUUUUAAGUAUAAUAGAAAAAUGGAUUAUUGUA